AUGCGUGAACACCCUCUAAUUCAAGGUCCACCUGAAAGCCGGACUAUUUUGAGAGAUUUUGAUGCGCCAAUAAAUCUGGCAGAGAACUAUGUUCAACGAUUGACAAGUUACCUACAGGUAGAAUCUCAUCAUAGCAAACGUAUUUUUGCACUCACCUGAGAUCAAUUGUAAGGCUUUUGAUGCGUUGUAAGGUUCACUUUUCCUUUCGAAAAGCAGGGAGUAUCUCAACUAAAAGAGUUAGUAUGAAGGUAUCACUGUAAUCCUGCCUUUUUGACAUGUUAAGAUUAAGUUUGUUGUCGGUGUUGCUGCUGUUUAUUUGUUGGUGCUAUCGCUUUUUUCAUUAAAAAAAUACAUUUGUUAGAAUUUGACCGAACAGGCCAAUUAUGAAACACUGUUUCAGGUUUCUCUGAGUGGAAAUUAUACCUUUUAUGUGGCGUGCGACGAUAUGUGUGAGUUAUGGAAGUACGAUGUUACAGAGACAGGCAUCAGAAGAGUUGAAAUAGAAUCUGGGGAAAGUGUAAAGCCAAUUAUUCAUGUUAAAAGGUGGACACAAUAUCUCCAAUGGGACAAGUAAGUGAUGUGCAAGCAGUACAUUACUAUGUUAUUAUUUUGGUGACAUUUUUAGUUAUCCUUAGAGCUGAUAUACUCUAAUUACUUUGUUAUUGAAGGUACCCAGAGCAAACAUCUCCGCCAAUCGUCCUUAAAAAGUGUCGCUUUUAUCGAAUGGUGAUCUUCGGUAGGGAAAAAGGCGGCAACGAUCACAUAUCUGUGGGCAUGCGUAACCCAAAUGGGGAAUAUGAACGGCCUAUUACAGGGGAAAGACUGUUUUGGACUAAACCAGGUAGGGAGAUUCUGAUUCGUUUAUUUGGUUAAAGCAGAGAGAGGAAACGAACAAGGAAACAAAGUUAAGGAGAAAAACAUGAACGGAAAGUGUUUCAAACUAUAAAAAAAGAAGACAAACAAGCACACACAGAAAAAAAACAGACUGUUCAAUAGAACGAGUUAUCUAUGUCUCUCUCUUGGACCCAGACAUCUUUACCAUGAAGCUGAAGCUCAUAACAUCUCCUAGGAGCUACUGGAAUUUCUUUUAUUCGGUGCCACUGAUUAAACAAAGAAACAAAAAAAAAAGACAUGUAUUAGUAGACAAAUAUCGUCAUUUACAAUGCUUUUUUCGAUUGAAGUGUAAAAUUUUGUUUCUCUUCAAAGGGACGCGUAAUCUAGAACUGUCACUUAAGAAUCACAAGACAUCGAUAUCUACCUUCGUUGGGUCAAAGUUACUCAUACAAGGUUGGUUUAUUGGUAUUGUCCUACAUCUACAAGGAUUCUCUCACCUAUAUUGAAAAUAUGGGGAAUCGGGAAGAUUUAAGUGAUCAUGUGAGAAUCAACCCUUCUAAAUUAUAAAGAAAGUAGAAGCUCUCUACUAUCAAGAAAGAUCUUGAUAAGAUAUAAUGGUACUUAAGACUCAUAAAAAAAAAAGUUUUCACUUAACGUCAUUGCGGUCAUACUUUUAACUAAAACAGUGAAAAAACGGCCACUUCGGCGUCCAUAUUACAAAAAAACACAAAAAAAACAAAAACAAAGAACUAAAAAGAAACAGUUUCUUUUGUUCCAAUUUCUUCGCAUAAAUUAUCAUUAUGUGAUUGAAAAAAGUUCUUGGCCGUUACUAUGUGACGUUUCAGAAAUAAAUCAAUUCAGGAAUACCUUUGAGAGAGAUUUCUAAGGAGUUGAAAAAGCCUCAAACAACCUUUUUAUAAGCAUUUGAUGAUUGCUAACUCGGAAGGCGUGGUUAGGAUCAUCUUUACGAGAGGAGGACGGUAGACUAUCAGUUUAAACUUGCGAAUGGAACUUUAAGACGUAGACUGUAGAAUAGGUUCAUCAUACAACAUGUUUGGCCAAAUUAUAGGAUAUUACAAGUUUUGCUGUGAGGGAGUCUAUUGUCCUGAUUGUCCACUGAAACUGAACAUCUCAAGCCUCGGACAAAAUCUAACUCUGAACUCAUCAGUGAGCCUGUCCUGUAUUAACACAUCAUUUGAGGUAGUUUUUAACACGAUCUGUCAACCUGAAAAUUUUAUUGUGAAGGUAAGAAGCUCUCAUUUAAGUAGCUGUGAUCAUUUAAGUGAUGAUUCCUACCACAUUUAUGGCAACAAAAUCAACGAGACACCGUGCCAUGCUUAUUUAUGUGGUGUGAUUGACAGCUAAUUGAGACACUUGAACACUGCGUGUGUUGCAUGACAUAUAAUUCGUUUUGUUGUAUAUGAAUUGUUGCAUAAUUCGUUGUAUUGUACAUAAACUGUGAAUAGACUUAAUUAUAUACAUGAGCCUGCAAUUCUAAGGUUGUAGUUGGCCGCCAUGUUAGUCAGAGAUUUGGUGAUUAAAGCCUUUAAGUUCAGGCAACGUCUUCUCUCGUUUAUAACAAUUUACAAAAUUUGACAAGAAUAUGAAUAAUGAUGAAGUAAAUGAAUGAUAAAUUUUGAAAUUGUAGGGGAUUGUUUUUAUCACUGUUUUUUUUUAUUAACUUGUCAUCGGUAUAAGUAGAAAUACAUUGGUCUUUAACUAUUUAAGAGUGUGUCGAUCCCAUCACCCUAGAAAUAGAAGUAAAACGUAUGUAGUCGAAACUUUGUGUCCUACACUACAUUUUGAAACGAACGAGAGUAGUGCAUUACUUUUGCACUAAUCAGGUUGGAUGAUUACAAAUCUUUUAUUUGAGAAGAACACGGCCUUGAGGUAAAGCAACUUGGUGCAUGCACGAACGAUAAGCCUCACUGAACUGGAAACUGUCAUAUUUGGAAGUAGUACCUAACCCACACGCUGUGAUUAUUUUCAGGCCAGCUAUUCAUUCGUGGAACAUCCAGAGGAAAUUCUCGAGGAGCGAGUUUUGGGACAAGUAGAUCUUAAAGGUAUCUCCUUUUACAGUAUUAUAUAGGAUUACAAGAAUUACCUUGUCUGUGUGAAUCCCGCCGCGUUGCUCUUUAACCACCGCUAACGGAGAUUUAUUUUUUAUGUUUCCUCAAAAGCGGUGGUGCUAGAAGAAUGCUACUUCGAGUCUGGAAAAUGCGACUGGACUAGCCUACAUGCAAAUUCCGAGUGGAAGCUCUUUCCUGGUACGAAAUCUAUAAAAUACUUCAGUAAGCUUAAGAAAAGAAGGGCAGUACUGCGAGCAACAGUUAAGUUUUUUUUUAAAUGACUUGCUUUUCCUGCUAAGAAAGAAAAAUCCUUAGAAUAGAAUUAUUACGCUACAAACCACUCCCUAAAGGAAAUGAAGUUUGAACAAUAAGGCUGAAAUUGAGGAGAUCUGAAUUCAAUUGGCAGACUCUGAUCCUAAAUUCAGAAUCUUUUUGGUUAAACGUCGCAACGAAUAGAAAAAAAGUAUUAAAAUAACGUUUCAUUCUAUGAAAUUCACUGUACAUAUUUUUAUCCUAGGCGAUUUCGCAUACAUUGAUGGCCCUCACAAAGCGCAGUUACAGAGUCCACUAUUACCAUGGGAACCAUUUUAUCGAGUCGUUGGCUUGUGCUUACGGUUCACUUACCGUAUACCUUUUAAAUCAAAGUCAACCAUAAAAGUUCUUCUUCGGGAACCAGGGAAAGAGGAGCUAAUUUUAACAUGGCAGCUUAGGGGAUACCAUGGUAAAGAAUGGUCUGCGGCUGAGGUGUCUUUGCCCGGCGCAGCAGCAGUUCAGGUCAGAAAGUUAUGACGAUGAAAUUUAUUCGAUUGAACUCUUCAUUUAUUUCUGGAGUUCAUAUUUCAUAAUUUUUAAAUGAAUCUUUGACAUUUGCUAUGAUAGGUGAUGAUGCCUACAUUAUUAAUCUCUUUGUCUAGAUUAUAUUUGAGGGAGAAGGCUUUCUUCAUAACCAAGUAAAUGCAGCAAUCAAGAACGUGACUGUAACUACCGAGAAAUGUGACUUGCUACCAUACUUUGCGAAACCAGGUUAUAUUUGCCGGUUUUCUUUUCUUCACUUUUUUUUUGUGUGUUGCUGAUUUUGAACAUGACAAGAUAGAGUAAUUAAACUUAACCAAAAAAAAGGGAACAAUUAUCACUGAUAUCACUGAUUCUUUGAAUUCAGAUAGAAUAAAAAGGUACAUUAAGUUUGCAUGCAUCUGAUGGAUGAUAAAGGAGAAAGAAAGGAAAAAAUCGUAUGUUUUCUUAGCUUUUAUUGAUCACAUUGGAUUUCCAGGUUUUAGUUGCGGGAAUAAACAGUUUCAAUGCAAGAAUGGCGAAUGUGUCAAGGAAAAUUUGCGAUGUGAUGGCGACUCUGCUUGUGCCGAUGAUUCAGAUGAAGAUAAUUGUGAAUGUCCCUACAAUAAGUUCGCUUGUCUGGAUGGAAAAUGUCUUCCAGCUUCAGCUGUAUGUAACGGUAUAAAUGACUGCUCUAAUGGGGAUGAUGAAAAUAACUGCCGUGAGUAAAUCUUCCUUUGCCAUCCACUUUUUGAGUCUUGAUUUAAUUAGAGUGAAACUCACUCUUUUCCCUUCCCAUCUAUAUAUGCUGAGUUGCAUUUCCACAUAGUUUGGAAUUAAUGCUUUUUAGGAAAUAAGUGCCACUUUAAGCAUCACUGUCUUGAUGGAUCAUGCAUUUCUUGGUCAGAGACCUGUAUUCGAGAGCCUUCCUGCAAGGAUGGAACUAAUACACCAUCAGUAUGCGGUAAGUAAGGCAUAGAAAAUGUCUUAACCAACAAAAUUUAUUUUUUGAAAUUACACGUUCUAGUAUCGAAGGCCAGAGAUUUCAGGCCUCUGUCUUGAUCUCUUCGUAAUCCAUUUAUCACUGAAAGAUCACAAAAUAGGCUAUGUGAGCCACAGAUGGACAUGAUCACAAGGUGUUUGAGAUAAAAGCUGCGUCUUCGUGAAAUUAUGGUUAUUAUCUUCAGGUCUACUAGCGUAAUGGACGACAGCGAUGUUUCAAGAAAUGUUCUAACUGCGAGAGGUGUCCAAUAUGUAAAUUUUUGUCCAGAUCGAAUUCUUAUGAACUAGUGAAGACAAAUAAGAAUCUACUAGGGAAGGAAGCUUUCGUUUACGUGGAACCAAAUUCACAACAAAUAAUUAAUUAUGUCGUCAUCAAUUGGCCGAAUUAAUCCUUGGAGGUUGACAAUGAAGUAGGUAGCAUGUUUCAUGGAGUCGAUUACUUGCCUUACAGGAUCUGGGAAAUGCCGCCUUAACGACUUAGCGUGCUCAUCCAAAGAGUCCAAAGGACCAACAAGAUGUAAAUCUUUCAGAAGUAAGUGCAUGGCUUUGUGUUGCCAAUAUAGCGUCUAAAUCAACUCAAAUUUAACGCAGAGACAAGAAUAUUGGUAAUUGUAAGGCACAUGCGCCAGCGAUGGCUUGUCACUGUAGCAUCAGGGGAACGAAGAAAGAAUGCAGGCCGAUGAAUUUCAAUGGUUAUUUAUCGUGAGUCACGAAAAUCCAUGAGGCAUUUCCUAACUGCUGUUAUUUCAAACAGGUUUUUGCAAUUUCGAAAAUGACUUGUGCCAACUUACUCCGGAUAUGAAUGCCACUUUCCAAUGGACCACAGCUUCAGGUGAAACACCAACGGAGAAGACUGGGCCAAGUUACGAUCAUAGCAUGUUAAGCAAAGACGGUAAGAGGUGAAAUGAAAUGUUCGUCUUACGUAGGAAAACAAAUAAUUUUAAUCAAGUUAAAAUAGUGAAUCUCACAUAAAAUCCUUACCUAACUUGUUUUGCAUGGUGCAGUACGCUCAAAUUAGUACGACGGCACAUUCCCAUUGUGACGUCUGUGUUGGGAAAGUUGUGUCUUAUAUUUGUUUGGUGCCGGGGUGUUGUUGAAUAAUAUCAGCUGAAAAUCGAGAAAUGGCGUCACGACAAGCUUUCUACAAUCAAGCGUACACUUUUGCUUUGCGAUCACUCAAACUUUCCUCGAUGCUCUCACAAAAAAGUGAACAUGGCAUAAAUUACACAAAGAAAGUAAUGGAGAACAUUUGUUACUUCAUAGGGUCGUAUAUCUAUAUCGAAGCUUCUCCGCAACGCUUUGGGGACGUAGCAAGGUUGUUAAGCAAAUGGAUGGAACCAAACCAGUCAGCUUGUGUUCAGUUUUGGUAUCAUAUGUACGGGUCAAAUAUCGGUAACCUGAGCUUUUAUCUGAAGACUAAUCAAUCCAAGACAUUGGUUUGGAGACUGUCAAGCGAUCAAGGGGAUCGCUGGAAGUUUGGUCAAUUUUCUCUGAUCAGUGAAAGGGCUCAUAGGGUAAGUUACGCUAAGCUUCCAAACUGCCGUAUCUUUAGUUUGAAACUGUAAUCUUUACUUAUAUUUUUUUCGGCUGGAACUGGUCUCAUUCUCUGAAAAUCUAAUUUAAAAAACAUUUACCAAAGCAUGCACAUAAGUGUAUAUUGAUCGGAAUAUUUCAAGACGGGUUAAUUUAAUGCGCUGAUCUUGGCUUGGUGAUGAGCCGUUCUUGGUAACUCUCUUUCUUUUUUUUUACGUAUUUUGACUUAUAUGGAGAUUGAUAACGUUAAUUAGAAUGUGGUCACAAAUUAUAUAUAUAUUUUUUAUGCUGUUUACAAAGUUUGUCGUAGAAGGAACGACUAGUGGUGGAAGUGAAGGUGACAUUGCAAUAGAUGAUAUGUCUGUACUGGAUGAAAACUGUAAGAAGAUUAUUGCACAAGGUUUGGAUUAAAACGCCUAAGGGGAAAGCAAAGCAAUGGUUUAUUUGCAGCAAAGACGUUACUUGAAAUGACCUUUAACGCCGCUACAGUUCUUUUUAGAAUCUGAAAUAUUUCAAGGCUGCCUCUUUAGUGAUAUUCUAAUAAAAAUUUACAAAAAUAGCGGAGCCUGCAGCGCACUUAGCGUAGCCCCAUACCUCAGCAACUUUGGUAACCUGUUCGGUUAGACAAUUUUCGUUGUAGGGCGAUAUUCGUCGUCCGUCCGUCACGGUAUUCUCGUUCACCUGAAAAGAUAAAUCAUACUUUGCAUAAGCGAACAGCUGCACUUUACACAAGGGCACAUGGCAAUUUAUGAGUACACGUAAAAGUGUAUGAAGUUGUGCGCUUGCGUGAGUCUAUGACUAAUUCGCAGACCAAACGUGCAUGUGCCACUAAAUGUGGCUGUAACUUUACGGACUGCAAAAAUUCGAGAUCUGCCUUAGCAUAGUGUAAGCGCAAGUUAGACCAAUUGGACAUCUAUAAAUCUUCGUGGGAGAGUAGUCUCAGGUUAACAAACUUUGCUGUUUCAAUGUAACAUCGACCAAACCAAUUUAACUUUAGGUAUAUUACCGUCCUUAGGAGGAUUUAUUUUAAAAUCGAAGGUGUUUCGUUCAACAUAUAUUUGUCAACAGCUGGUUAUGCCACAGAAUCCGUUGUCAAAUAUACGCAUCGAACUCAACCCAUUUUAGUUUUGAAAAAAACACCUGUACCUGAAAAACGGUGUCAGCCAAACGCACGGAGAAAAACCCUCAAGAGGGUCUGAUUUAUGGUAGGAGACUACUAAACCUAACCACUGAGUUCCAUUCGUUCUUCUGAGAUAGAAACUAUGAAUUCGACAAAACUUGAAAAAGGUUUCUAUCAUUUUCUUUCAAUCUUUAGGUAGUCCAGACUGCAGUUUUAGAGAGGAUACGUGUGAUUGGGAGACUGGGGAAGGAUGGACUCUCUCUAAACACUUACCUAACUCAGAUUUACUAAAUUACGGUAGGAUUUUAUUCAUUCAAUUUUUGUGGGCUGAGAAGUUGUAAUAAGAUUUAUAUUGAUUGAGGCCUUGAGCUACUGUAUAUCUUUUUUAUUCCAAGCUUUUGCCGAUCCAAGUAAGGCAUCGAUUGCGUAGAUCGGCAAAAGCUUGGAAUAAAAAAGAAAUUCAGUGACUCAGUGCCUCAAUCGAAUCAUCCAUUAAAUGGACAUGAUACUGAUAGACAACUUCAAACGUUUACUUUAUGACUGCUUUCUACUUCAAAUAUUUUAGAAUAGAAAUAACACAGUAUAACAUCUUUACUGAUUAAACACUGGGCAAUCCACACUGCACAUACCUGUUGGCAGGAUAGGUGAGCGGCUGACAGACUGACUUGCUUACAAACUGACUGAAUGACGGACAAACUGAACCAGUGACGGACUGUUGACCGAUUAGCAGACAUCAGCACUUAACAUAUUGAAAUGUCUCAUAUGUGAAAUCGCUGUUAACCUCUUUCAGACCAUAAUCAAAUAGUUGCAGUUAAUUUUUUACGUCACUAUUAGGUCCAGGUGUAUCAUUUAUUUUUCUCCGCGCCGGAGCGUCUGAAGUGCCUCAUACACUCUCGUCCCCAAUUAUAAACACUCACGAAUGGAAGUGCGUCCGCUUAUGGUAUUUCAUUGGUGCCACAAACUGGUACAAAUCGUCGUUACAUGUGCUUCUGCAGUCGUUAAUAUCGAACCUAUCCACACUGAUCUUCUUCGUGGAUGAAGUGGCAAGUGCGACAAAUUAUACUCAGAUACCGUUACCAAGCAAUUACAGCAAAGCAAAGGUACCAAAUGUAAUUCUUCCUAGUAGACUUGUGAGAAGAAAUUUUUUCGGGCUGUAAUGACGUUUUGAGAUACUUAUUCAGCCUCUAGGUAUACAAGUUCACUUUUUUCCUAUUACAAGCAUCCUUUAUCAAUUGUUUCAGACUGAUUAAUGUCUUAUGAAGUACACUCCCCUAGCAUUAAUGUAGUAAGAAAUUCCGACGCUUGUGACUUAUGUAUAAACAUUUUCUUUAAACACAAUACAGCUAGAAUUCUUUGGUAUUUAUGAAGAGUUUGGUCACCAAAUUCUGGCCAUUGAACAAGUUUCCUUUUCAAAAGGGACUUGUGACCCAAUUUCUUGGCGACAAAAUGGUGAGUUUACAUGUAUAUGACUUGAAAACUAGGUUUUAUAAAUUUAUUUUGUUUAAUGCUGAGCGCAGACUACCUUAAGGACGACUCAUUUGUUACACAAAACUCUAUACUAAUAGCUCAAAAUUCACUUAGUUUUAAAAGUCGUUCAACCGCGUUUCUUACUUUACAAAAUCGCCUCCCUCUGACGUAAACUUUACUCGAAGGGAAUGCUGUUCGUCAAGUUAGCACUAAAUUAUACGUUUAUCAAUAAAUGUGACGCUUUUAACUGUCCUACCAUUUAAAUCCAUGAGUAAUUAAUGUCAUAAAACCUCUAGAUAUUGACGAACCCCUUGGAAUGCAAAAUGGUGAAAUAGUAGACACGCAAAUUAGUUCUUUAUCAUCAAUGGACGAGGUUCAUGCUGCCAGUCGAGGCCGUCUAAACUUAAAUGCAACUUCUGGAAAGGCAGGCGCUUGGACCGCCGGCACAAAUGACAACAGCCAGUGGCUCCAGAUUGAUCUGCGUAAUAAUAACAUCAGAGUCACGGGUGUUGCGACACAAGGGAGAAACGGACGGUACGCCCAUUGGGUAACGAAAUAUAAGUUACAGUACAGCAGCGAUGGGGUAAACUUCCAGUUCUACAAGGAACCUGGACAUACCGCUCUUAAGGUGUGCACGAAAUCCAUUGAGCUGCCCACUCUUUAUGUUUAUUGUUCAUUUUUUUAGCUGACAUCAACCAACAUAGUAUAGCUCACUUAACUGGUUUUUUACCCAGCAAUAACUGUAUCAACUCUUAAAAGUGUUUUAAGCAUGAACAAGAUAAGUCCUAACAUACUUGAUUCAACUGUCAGAAUCAAUGACACUGAGACAGCAUACUUAAGAAACUGAAUGUGCGUAAUCGUUAUUGCUGAACACUUUUAGUUAUCACAUGCUGACCUCGUGUGAUUAGUGCUUUAAAGAUUCACUAUUUUGCUAAUGUAGGAUUUCGCUGGAAACAAAGACCAAGAUUCUGUUGUUUAUCACGAACUUAAGUUUCCUAUCAGAGCACGAUUCAUUCGCUUUCAACCAGAGGCUUGGCAUGGGCAGAUAUCAAUGAGAGUUGAGUUGUAUGGUCAUCAGAAAGGUAUGUUAGUCAAAAGUGUAUGAUUUCAUAUUCAAAUUUUAAAAACGUGAAACUCUUUUUACUGAGCCAGGAUAUCCUCAAAAGAAACCAAAAUAAAACAGAAUUGAAAACAAAACAAAAAAGGAAUAAUAUUCCGAAAAAGAAUAAAUUAUAGAUUUUGAUAAGCAAAACGAUGUGUUACCUCCAUUCUCAAAUAGAAUGCCAGAAAGCUCUGGGUAUGGAAAACAAUGAAAUCUCCGAUGGGCAAAUUCGUGCCUCUUCCAGCUGGGAUGGCAACUCUAUCGCUAGCCGUGGGAGAUUAUCAAUUAAAGCAUCUGGUCGCAUGAAGGGAAGCUGGACAGCUUCUGCAAAGAAUUCACACCAAUGGCUUCAGAUUGAUCUUGGAGCCAACGAUACUAAAGUUACAGGUGUAGCUACUCAAGGAAGGCAAGAUGCCGACCAAUGGGUUACCAGUUACAAGCUUCAAUAUGGUAAUGAUGGAUUGCAUUUUCAGUACUACAAGGAUCAAGGUGAGGAAAAGGUAAGCGAAAAUAAUCCUUCUCUUUGGAAAACCUCAAACAACAUUGAAAGUUGUGAAAUAGGGUCCGGAUUAGGAGGGAAAUUCUACGCGACCAGACUAAGUCAUAUGUUUCUGGCAUUGCUCACAGUUUGGCAACUUUGAUAAAGUUAAUGUAACUUCCAUCCAAGCUGGCCCUUGGACCUAAGAGUUCAAUGGAAAACACGCAGCAAUUUUAAUACACGACCAGCCUCCAUUCGAAUCCUUGCUUGUCGUGAGCUAGCACAAGAAAAUAUAGACUAAGCUGGUUCAAUAUCAAAACCAGCGUUUGACUAACAGAUAAGAGGUAAUAAAAUCACUAUUUUCUUUUGUUUCUCAUUGGUUUAGAUAAAUAAAUUUUACUUCAAAGUAGUUUUGAAGUUUGAGGGGCAUAAGGGAUGGCUGCGAAAACGCUCUCUGAAUAAAUGUAUCCUUUUAAUGUCGACCUAAUGGUUUCUGACUUUUAAAAGCGACAUUUUCAGUUGCUGAUUUCAAAGUAAUGAUAAUAAUGAUAUUGAUGGUAAUGAUAAUAAAAAUAAUAAAUACAAAAACACGCGGUAUCAGCCCGAUCACAUACAGAAAGAUGAACGAAGUGCGAACAAACCAUAAAAAAUGAGAAUACGGUGGUUCUUAAGUGAAGGAUAAUAUUAAUCCGGAUCUCUGCGAGCUCAGGUGAAUUUAGGAGAGUUGUUCAUGUAAUCGUUCAACUUUACACGAAUGACUAUCUUUUUACCUCCAUAGGAUUUUUCUGGAAACAACGACCGUGAUACGGUUGUUUUUCAUCAAUUAAAACCGCCUAUCGAUGCCCGUUUCGUUCGUUUUUGCCCAGAGGCUUGGCAAAACCACAUCUCAAUGAGGGUGGAGCUGUAUGGCUGUCUUCAUGGUGGGCAACAUUUUGAUGUAUCGGAGUUAUUUGGCCUUUUGUAGAUCGAAAAUUUUCUAGGGUCCUUUGCAGGACCCUACCCUUUAUUCUUGGUUGUUUCAUUUUUUUAGGGCCUCUGACAUUCAUACUGUUUUAUGGGUCGUUUUUAAUCUAAUUUUUGUCAUAUUUUUGUUUACCUCCAGAAUGUCAGGAAGCUCUAGGUAUGAAGAAUGGUGCAAUUCCCGAUAGACACAUAAGCGCCUCUUCGCAUUGGGAUAAUUAUUAUGCGGCUUGGCAGGGUAGACUAGAUUAUAAAGGGACAUGGAAAGCAGGGUCCUGGUCAUCACGAGAUAAUGAUAUACAUCAAUGGCUACAGAUUGAUCUGUAUAGUCCAUACAUGAAAGUUACAAGAAUUGCCACACAAGGUAGAAAUGCUCACGAUCAAUGGGUAACACGGUUUACAUUGUGGUACAGCAACGAUAGUAAAAUUUUCCAAUCCCAUAAGGAAGCUGGAACAACGACGGAAAAGGUUAAUAUUACGUUACACCUUUAGAACACUUUUCAAUUCAGAAAGUUUAGGCAUUCGAAACAGACUUUUUAAUGCUGACGUUUUAAUACAAAUGAUAUUUAGUUUUCGGAGCGGGAUAUCGCAUCGGGAUGAACCAUAAAAAAUGCUCUGUUACAUUGCUUUGACGUUUUGACCCAUUGUGCAACCUGAAACCAUGGCCAAUCAGGUUUACACUCCAAAUGAAAUCAUCCAGAUAAAUACUAAGGUGCUACAUCCUAUGGUUAUAAGAAUUUUGGUGUCAUACAAUUUCCAAAAAUUGUCUAAUUGAAAGGGGAAUCUGGAUCAUGCUGCCAACUAGAUCCUCCGCUGCAGAGUUUUCCUAAACUUCGACCCAAAGGCAGGAACUGAAAUUCACAGUUUACAAAAAGUUGCCGACUGGGUUUACAAAAUAGUUUUUAAAUGGCAGCUUCCAUAACUAGUCUUGGAUACCUUCAAAUUCUAAAAUUUUUAACCUAGGAAAGUCUAUCAAAGCUGAAAAUGCGGACUGUUACGUAAUUCUUCAAAUACGUUUUGGUUGGGGAGAUAAAUUUAAUGAUACCUGCAGAAUUUUUGAGAAUUAUAUUCUAAUACCUUUUCAUGCAGCAUUUUGAUGGAAACAGAGACCGGGAUACCGUUGUUUACAAUAAAAUCAACCCACCAAUCAAAGCUCGCUAUAUCCAAAUUCGACCACAGGCCUGGUACCGCCACAUUUCCAUGAGGACAGAGCUUUAUGGUUGUCUGGAAGAUAUUAAAGGGGGUAAGGAGUGUAUUUACAUUUAAAUCGACUAGGCGUGUGCAGGAUUUUUAAAUUGUUGCGUAUUUAAAUCGCCUCUCAAGUGGUCUCUUGUUCUUAGUUGAUGUGCUGUAUUUAUAAUUUGCUUAAAUCUCCUUCUGUUGCCAAAAAAGUUAUUAGAAAAUAAAUUAAUGUAGAGAAGGUAAACAGCAUAAAAAAUUCCAUUUGGAAUUUUUAUUUUAAGUGGAGAAUUCUAUAUGUGGAUUAUGAGCAGACAAGUAGGGAAGAAGACCAAAACUGUUCGCGUAUAUCUUACCCUUCAUUCAAGCCCAUUAGACCCUGGUUUUCCUUUCUGUAGUAUCCAUCAACAUAGCAUGCGUACUUGUCUUCAAUUAUUCUGUCAAAAAUACCAUUUACAUUUCGACCAUGUCUAAUCAGCACGACUUAUUUAAUAUGAGAGGAACUAGUACUAUGAGAAAUGUUAACUUGUAGAGGUGAGUGAGUGGAGUUACGGUUAUCCUCCCACCUUUAGAUUUUUAGCGCGAACAUAGCUUACAUACACGGAUACACAGGAUAGGUACGAGAUGAGAGAUGAAUAUACAAAAAUGUUUCAGGGAUGAGGCCUUCUGUGCCACUUGGCGCGAAGAAGUUAGGUGAAGGUGAAGUUGCCACAAUGAAACUUAAUAAUUGAAAGAAAAUGUUAACUAACAUACUUUGGUUUUUCAAUCAUUAAUUUUAAGAGAAGGCUUUGGCUUUGGCUUUGGCUUGUGAAAAUGCUUGCAAAUAGAUCAUAAAUUUUAGAAAAAGGGAAAAGUCUCUGCUUAAACUCAAAGCCUAAAUGCUGACUCCUAGGUUCAAGCUGGCAGUGUCCUAAUACAAAGUUUUUUGAGCCACAGCAUCCUUGUUUUAUUCCUAAGUUAAUUUUUGGCCUUUGCCAGUGGACUGCAAGAGUUAUUGUUACAAUAGCAAACAGAAACUGGCAAAAAGAUGAGUCAUCUUGGCAGUCCUGUUGAUAAAAGAUGUGACAUCUUCACAACAGGAAUACUGAUGUGCUAAAGUAACAAUGGAAACAGAAUGUUAUCUUGCAUAUGCCUAAUUCUAUAUUCUUGAUUAUUUUCUUCUUCCUUUCUUUCCCAAUAUUUCAACUACAAAAAAGGCUUAGGCUCAAAUAAUUUAUUAUACCAUUUUUGCCUACAUUUAUGUCAUUCUAGAUCUCACAGUGAACACUAAUGUAAUAGGGAACACAGUUGUGUGGCAGAUGAUAAUGAUCAAAUGAAUAAGUCUACUGAAUUCAUUUAAAAGUACUAUGUUUACACACUAGAUGGACAGUACCAUUGACACGGAUAAGUCUCAAAACAGGUCAAAGCCUAUCAUUUGGUCAGAUAGAAACACACCCAAACUACUGUGUCAUGCACCAGGUCUGUUAGUAAGAGCUAUUCUUCAGGGUUCUGAUAUUCAAAAUUACACCAGAGUUAAGAUAGUGUGCACUUAUUUCUAAGAACUCAGAAAACAACACACCAGAACAGAUGGGUUCUCAAGGCAACCCACCCAGUUUUAACUUUGUUUAUUUACUUUUAGAUAUGUAAACAAGUUAUACUUGGUUUUACUUCCAAUUGGUCAAGAAAUUGGCAUUAAUGUCUAACAAUGGAAAGCCAAUAUGAUGAUAAUUAGUUAUUAUUACAGAAAACUAUACCAUAAAAUUUGACUCUGAGUUACUGAAAACAACUCCUACUUCAUAAUAUGGGAUUAACACAAACAUGCUGGUACACAUUUUGUAAUUUAUUUUCCAAUUGUAUACCUGGCCAUCCAUCCAACAUUGUGGCCUUUCUGUGCUGCUGGAACUGUUUUUGUGAUAAAUUUUUUUUGUUUUUAAUUUACUGUGGUGUGACUUUCCCUAAUCCCACUGCUAACUGUGGAAGAGGGCAGACUAAUACAGAGGGUUUCCACCAGCAGCCUACAUGCAGUUUUCUUUUUGUUUGACAUAAAUAGCAUAAUAAUAACAUAAUUCGUCAUAAAUAGCUCCUUAGAUAACUGAAAGAAUAUUGCCAAUUUCAGCAGUUCAUAACAUUUGGGUAUUACACAUAAUCUGUAAAAAUCAUGUUCUUUGUUUCACUCUGCCUGUCUCAUAUAAAACCAAACUUCAGAAGUUAGGUUCUGGGACCCAGAGCCACCAUCUUGGAUUACAUAUUAACAUUGUUUGAUUUGAGACCACAAUGAAGAAAGCCUUUGGAGUGAAUGUGAGCUAGAGCAUCUGUGAUAUCAUGACAAAUGAUCAGCCAGUCUUUGCUUGUCAGUGAACUGUUAACUUUCUCUAAUAUACCAUUGGAUUCUUUGCAAUACAAUAGUUUACUGACUGUUGCGGAUGUAUUUUCUUCCCCUUUGAACUCCAUCACUAGAGAUAUAGGCUCUCUUUCAAGCUGGAUUCCUAUUAUUGCAGGAAUGUUUUUGUGUGUGAGAGUCUACAUGAUUUGUGCCUCCUUUACCAUCUCUUUAGUGCUUUGCAUCAGACAUUGCUUUUCUACCACAAGAACGUUUAAUCUUUUGAAAGAUUUUAAAAUACACCGGCCAUAUGAACCCUGUCCUAGUAUUAAUUCCUUUUCACUGAUUGGUUGAAGCUCAGAUGGAUCAAUUAAAUUAACAGUGGCAAAUUUGCUACUGGGUGGUCCUGAUUUUGUAUUCCUGUCUCUAAUCUGGAAUAAAGUAAUAAACAGAGGAAAAGUGAAGCUGGUCAGCUUAAUAAGAUUCACAUGCUAGAUUGUGUAAUAAGUGGUAAUAGGACUGAGUAGUCUUCGGUCUGUAAUCAUAUGAGUGAUAACAAAAUCAGACGACUGCAUAGUGGAAGUACAAUUUGUUAUCACGAGUGUGAUUACAGACUGAAACGAAUGACACAAAGUCCUUUUACCAAUUAAUCAUAAAAAUUACAAUUUCCAAAUUAAAAAGAACACUUAAAUAUUGUCAUUGCUCAAGGGAAACCAAUUCUCUGUUUUAAAGAAAGCCCCAAUUUAGGAAUCUGUACACUGUUUCUAUGGUGAUUGAAACCAAGGUUGUGAUUGAUUGAUUUAAACCACAACUUUGAAUGUGAUUGGUUGACUUAAACUACAACUUUGAAUGUAUUUGGCUUAUUGAACUGUCCAACAACAACUUGGCAAGUAAAUUAGUGGAAAAUAGGAGUUUUUAAAACUAAUCACAAUCGAGGAAAUUGUAAUUCCUAUGUUAAUAGAUUUAUUGAUAAACUUUAUCCCUUUCAUAUAAUACAAACAGAACUUUCCAAGAUUCCCUGACUAUUAAGGUACUGACCUAUCCAUGAUAAAAAUAAAAUUUCCCUGAUGAAAUGGAUACAAAAUGUCCAGUCUCCUCUUCUUCAUUAAAACAUUGCUGAGAUCAUCUGAAAUAUUUCUUCCAGCAUGGUAUGAAACUCAGUGGUGUAUAAACUUUAAUUUCCCUGACUUUUCCCUGACCUUGAAAUUUCUAUCCCUGGCCAUUUUUUGAUCCGUGGUAACCUUGGUAGGGCAAGAUCAACACUACAUGGCAAGAUGGAAGGGAAAAUGCUCAAAGCUCAAUGACUGACCUUUUCAGACGAAAGUUUAGCCUGUCUGCUUGGCAAACAGAAAUGAAUGAAUUCCCGCUAAAUCAUUUCAGAAUGAGGCAAUUUCGGAUUCCUUGCCUUAUUUUACGAAAAUGAUUGUAGUUUUUUUUUCAUUUCAUCAUAAAAAGGAGAAGAAUUUUGAGGGCUACACUCUCCCCCUCCCCUAUGAGUUAACGUUGAAGUCAACCCCAGGACGUUUUGUACAAUGCAAGACAAUGCUAGUUUGAUUACGUUCAGGGUCAGUUCGGUGAUAUCGUUUUUUGUAACCAACUGCUCAUUUUCUGAUAUCUAUUUUAUUCUAUUUUGACGCUAACCGAGUACCUACCUUGGUUUUGUCCAGGGUCUUUUCAUUCUGUUCGACUAAUGCUUUCCAUUUGCUAUAAUACAUUCGCGCCAAGAAUAUGCAUCUCUUUCCUUUUGUGUUCUCAUUUCUCUGUUCUCCUUUCCUAGCUGUCCUUGACAAUCGUUCACGUUUCCUCCUUUGAUUUCGCAUGCUGGGUUUUUUUUCGAUUGUACUUUCCCGAGAUCGUCGUGGCAUGAUUACUUUGCCAAGCACGCGCCAAGCGCGCGCUUUUUGUUGGCGAUCGUCUUCGGUACUCGAUUCCUGUGGCUGAGUUUGUGCCCGCGUUUCCAUACUGAUAUAAUGUUGUAGAAAAUUCUAGUGGACAGCGGCCUAUCUCAACGCGAUAAAACGAUAAAAAUUAACCGGAAAGCUUUGUUCGCAGUGAAUGUACAACUACGAAGAAUUAAUGUGGAUGAAACAGGGUACAAGGUUUAUGCAAGGCAGACUGUCAACAAGCUCUUGGCAUGGAAAAUGGUGCAAUCGCUGAUGCACAAAUCACAGCCUAUUCCAUCUGGGACGAUAACCAUGCUGCGUCUCAAGCCAGACUGGACUUUAAAGCAAUUGCGAAAUCUGGAGCUUGGUCAGCUAAGAGAAACGAUAAUCAGCAAUGGCUUCAGGUGGAUCUAGGUAGUCAGUACGCCAAAGUUACGCGUGUAGGAACACAGGGGAGGGAUGAUGAUAGCCAGUGGGUAAUCAAAUACAAGCUGCAGUAUGGUAAUGAUGAAGCCAAACUUCAGUUUUAUAAGGGAAAAGGAAAAAAUAUAGAUAAGGUAAAGAAAUUUAAUGUAUUGAAAUAGUUCUCUUUAAUUUACGAAAUAAUCUGGUGGCUUACCUGUUGGUUUUCCUCCUUACAUAUUCCAAUAUUCUUUCGUUAUUACUUACUUCAGAAUUCCGCUUUAGUUCCCUAAGGAAAACCACACAAAUAAUAGAAAUGCAAUGUAACUCAAAAUUAUAUGAAUAAAGUCAAGGUUUCAUUUCAUAGACAGCAUAAAAAUCAAAGAUGACAAAACUUGGAGACAGAUAUCGGGGAAACAAAAAUCUUUCAUAUGUUUAAAUGACCUCCUACAAUGUAGCUGACUCAAAAGUGUGUUUAGAGGAACAUAUUAUAUCCUUGGGUUAUUAACAUUUUUCCAAUUCUCUCUCCUAGGAGUUUGAUGGUAACUCAGAUAGAAGCACUAUAGUUUUUCAUGAGCUAGAGCCACCCAUCAAAGCACGCUUCGUCCGCUUUCGACCUCAAGUUUGGUUUGACCACAUUUCAAUGAGGAUAGAGCUUUACGGCUGUCGAGGUAACGGAGUGGAGGACAAGGUUGCUGACUAUUAAACAAAACAAUUCAUUCGACAUGCAUCAUGCUGUCGAUAAAUGAAACCCAGUAUUGAUAAUCAACCCGCCUUCGUCGUGUUAUUAUGGAGUAGAAAGCUAUGCGCAUUGAUUUCACUCACUAUUGAGAUACAAUCGACUUUGUGCAAUUGUGCAUGUACAAUUUAAUCAUAUACCCUGAUCUCCUGAAAAUAAUAAUUUUAACUUUUGCUCAAAUAUUUCGUUAAACCUUUAGAGUGUCAGGAGCCCCUCGGUUUGGGAAAUAGCUCAAUAACAGACGGGCAGUUAAGUUCUUCUUCUCAACUGGACGAUGCUCAUGCCGCCAUGCAGGGAAGACUUAAUUCUAAAGCAACCGGAGGUUUAGGAGGAUCUUGGUCAGCUGGUAAUAACAAUUCGAGUCAAUGGCUUCAGAUCGACCUUCUCGAUCAAAGUAAUAAUGUGACCCGUGUGGCUACUCAAGGAAGACAUGAUGCUAGCCAGUGGGUAACGAAGUACAGACUACAAUACAGUGAAGAUGGUAAAAUCUUCCACUUUUAUCGGGAACCAGGAGAUACAGCAGGGAAGGUGAUUAGAUUUGUUUGCUUGUUUUUUUUUUCUUUUAGAAAAAGGAUAAAAAAAAUUUUUAAAAAAUGUGUAUUUUUUACUUAUCUUGCCUUUACACUUGCAAGGGAGAGGUACAAUCUUCAUGGCACCACCUUAUACACAAUUAACCCUGUAGCAUUGGGCGGAUUUUUUAUUCUACUUCCUAUUUCAGGUUUUUUAUGGAAACAAAGACCAGAAUUCAAUUGUUUAUAAUGACCUUCACCCACCCAUCACAGCACGUUUUAUCCGCUUUCGACCAGUGUCUUGGUAUCACCAUAUGUCUAUGCGAGUAGAGCUGUAUGGCUGUCAAGGUACUUAAAUAAUAACAUUAUAAACCUACUACUUCUACUACCACUAUUACUACAUUUACUACUACUAGUACUACUACCACUUCUACUACUUUGACUCAACUACUACUUAUACCACCACUAUUACUAUUACUAUUACUACUCCUACUACUAUAACAACUAUUACUACUACUGCUACUACUACUUAUUCUACCUCUACUACUACUACUACUUACUACUACUACUACCACUGCUACUACUACUACUACUACUACUACUUCUACUACUACUACUACUACUACUACUACUACUACUUACUACUACUACUACUACUACUACUACUACUACUACUACUACUACUACUACUACUACUACUACUACUACUACUACUACUACUAUACUACUACUACUACUACUACUACUACUACUACUAUACUACUACUACUACUACUACUACUACUUACUACUACUACUACUACUACUACUACUACUACUACUAUUACUACUACUACUUUUACUAUUACUAUUACUACUACUACUGCUAUGACUACUAGUACUACUACCACUACUAUUACUACUACUACUAUUAGCGGAGCUCGCAGCGCGCGAAGCGCAUCGUAGCGUAGCCCCAUAAUUAUACGAAAUAGUAGUAUUUCAUCCACCCGGAACAAUUUGGACGGGCGACCGUAGGACCGACCGUACAAGGUGUUACUUUUAGCAUGCGCGGCCAACUAUACUUCGGGCACUCUCUUAGCCAUUACGUAAUGGAAGGGCGAGGGAAAAGGUAAUGCGCAGGCACGAUUGUGCGCGGAACUUGGACACCCCAUUAGUGUGCGCCAGGAAACACCGGCAGAUGACAAUGAAGAGUGCAUACUCGAGUGUCGAGCUUUAGUUUAGCGUACGGGGGCACACGGCUAGGCAUUGCACGAGGGCUUCACGUGGGCUAGUGGAUGUGAAGCCGCGUAAGCAAAUAAUUUGCAACCCGCGUUUUGAGCGCGAAAUCAAACCGGUGAGGUUGUAGUUGAAUAUGAAUUCUCAGUAUUUCGAAAAUUCUAAUCAACUCGCAGAGCAACAAUACCGGCAGAGCUAAAGCAUUUUCAACGGGAGGAAAUUGUUAUGAUUCAAGUUUGUGGAGAGAGGGUUUUGAGUGAAAAUAGGAUGAAAAGAAAGAGACUGAGCGCCCAAAAAAUAAACAAGAAGUAAAAGACGUAAAGGGAGUCGAGAAAAACGCGCAAGAAAGUUAGAGAGGACGCCAAUACGGUUGAACUACGGUGAAAGGAAAGCGAAAGAGAACGAGAAAGACAUAAGUAAAAAGGCAAAUAUCUAGCGAAGAGUAACGCGAGAAGGAAAUACAGAGACGCUCCUUAUAUCAGACUGAGGAGAGGUCAUCAACAAAGAGAAGCGAACUACAAAGUAUCCGAGAAAGACGAGGUGGUAAGUCGUGUCUUAUCUUGGUUUUCUCUAACGCUAAGGCCCAGAAAACGUUUGAAACGUUUUUUAACAAUCGUCGUUUGAUACUAGCUUCAGUUUCUAAUUAAAAUCACGUAUCGGUAAAACAAUGAAUUUGGCCUUCAUCGCCUAAAAACCCUCGGGCCAGUUCAACGCUUUAAAUGUUCGUAUUCUUCAAGGAAUUUCUUGUCCUGUCGUUAAGAAUGUUUUAUACAGUCGUGGUGCUAAUGGAAAAGAAGUUAUCUCACGGAUUUUGUUUUACCUAGACAGCUUUCAAAUGAUAGCGAACGGCGAGGGCAAGUUUCUAACUCUUUAUCUCUUCAGUCAACUAUCGCGGGAUUUACUCUGUUCAUUUAAAAAAAUCGCACUUUGUCGAACAGGUGUUGUUUUAGCCUAAGAGCGAAGUGAUAGCCUUUCCCAAAAUUGAAAUAAAAUGAGAUUGAGUCAGCGAUGUCCAUGUUUACACAAGGUCUGACGCGGUAAUUUGAUUUUGACACUAUUGUCAUGUGAGAACCCGUCAAAUAUCUGGGAAUUAAAUUACGGACCGCAAAUAUGUGGUGCGAACAAACUCACGGGUAAACUGGAAUCAGUUGUACUGCUGAGUGCGUGAACUUCAUUGUUCAGUCAUGGUAGGUUUCAGCGCUAUGUUUCCAUGCUUUCUACUCGAUUCGUACGAACUUCAGGAAAUAAUUUCAAUUGUCUCACAAAACAUGGAGCCACACUCUCUUCUGUCAACAUCUCAAGGCGUACUUAGUGCUCGGUUUAUGAUGAAGAUGCUUGCGAUACGAUAUUUUUUUCCUAAUGCUGGAAACUGAAGAAUCGAUUUCUGAAAUCGAUAGUCAACACAUUUUGCAAGAAGCGUCUGAGCUGUGAUCGUGUAAUUAAACGGGGUCUUGGCGAUUGGAACUCACAAGCACGCUGAUAAGCACAUGGUUAGCGUAAAUAAUUGUAGUUUACAGUUUUUGAAUUCGAGAGCCGUUUUUGAGAGUCCGUUUCAGUAACCUUCUUGGAAAUUUUAUGUUGAAUUGAUUGAGGUACAAUCCCGGAAUUUCAUAAGUGAUUAUGAACGGUAAAUUCGUAUCAGCGCCAUAAUUUAGGGAGGUUUUGUUCACACAUUAUCAGUUUACAAUUCGUGAACCAUUUUUGUAACCUACUUGGAUGUUUUCUUUUGAAUUAAUUGAGUCACAUUCUCGGAAUUUCAUCAGUAAUUUACAACGAUAAAUCCGUAGAUAUAGCACAAGUGAAGCACAUUUUAAACCUUCCAUACGAUUUUAGGAAACUAUAAUUAACUGACUCUCGAUAAAUUGACCUGUCAUAACGCGUUGAUUAUUUCAUUAUUUUGUAGCCCCAAAAGCCCGGCUUAUGACUGGGGAGAUACUGAACUUGAUAUAUGUGACCUCUCACGCGAAAACGUUCCUUACGGUAUCCGUUCGAACGGUCGAACGCACGGUAUGUGAACGGAUGACAAACGGAUAGAGAAACCGUUUAAAACGGAUGCCAUGAACGGCUGAACGGCUUCAGAAAAAUUUCGAACGGUUGAAGUCGAACGGCUGAACGGCUAAAGGAAAAUUUCGAACGGUUGAAGUCGAACGGCUGAACGGCUAAAGGAAAAUUUCGAACGGUUUAAGUCGAAUGGUUGAACGGCUAAAGGAAAAUUUCGAACGGUUGAAGUCGAACGGCUGAACGGCUUCAGAAAAGUUUCGAACGGUUGAAGUCGAACGGCUGAACGGCUGAAGGAAAAUUUCGACCGGCUGAACGGCUGAAGUGUUCAACGGAUAAGGUCAAAGUAAACGGUUGAACGGCCGAUCAAAAUCAUUCGAACGAAAUGACAGUAAUUAAGAUAAACGCGACACGCGCUGCUUAGAUCUGAAAACUGAUAGAAAACCUAGAAUAAAUCUAAUCCUGUAGAAACAAAAGCCGGUAAUAGUCUGCGUUCUCUUUUAAAAUAAUUGUCAUGCAACCAUUUCCAGAAUUCCUAAUGUAACGCCAUUAAUUGACUUUGUAAACAUCUCGUUUCCGAACACAGGCGACGCUUUUCCCACCAUGCAUCUUCAGAACUAACAGGCACAAUUUAUAGUGACAAUUUUUACGAUGUGCGGAGUAAUUUUCGCUACCCUAAGUGCAAGCAAUUUUUUUAAGUUAACAAAGAAGCGGGUGCCAUUAUUUUUGUCCGCUGCGUUGAUGUGAGUGUGUACAAUAAAAGCGAAUCAGCGAGGCAUGCGGAUCGAAAUUCUACAGUUUUUAUUGGACAAAUGGAGAGUAAUUGUUUUCAACUUAGCAUAUGAAUAACACACACGCUUUGUGUUUGCAUUAGUAAUGAGUGGAUUGACAUCUUGCCGACGGUACGGUGUAUUCCCUCAGGAGAUUCCAUUUUGAUUUUAGUCAAAAGCGCUUGAUAUUUGCAUACUGUCAAACGUCAAAACAUUUUCGGUAAACUAGUUGAAUAAACUUGAUCUUGAAUAAAAAAUGUGUAUCGAUAAUCGAAUGUUAGGUAACUAAAGAUGAUGGAGUAGUAGAAAAAGAACCGUGACUAUUCAUGAAGGCAUUUGUAAACAAUGCUUAUAUUUACAAAGUUCGUGUUGAAUGUUGUUACUGUUAUUCUCCCACGCGAUGGUACUGUUGGUUUGGCAAGCAUGCUCUAAACAAAGCAGAGUUUAAUUCCUUGCAGAGGGGAAACACGCUAUAUUAGGAACCUUCAAGUGUUUACCAAACUAACUUUAGUCUGUCCGAUGUACUCUUGACUGAUCGCAGUGCGAACACUAUUAACUUUGACAGGAUCACGGCUCGAAACAUCCCUUCCAAAGGAAUUGUAAGCUACGGUUUCAAAACAUAUCGCCAGCCGUUCGCCACGAACAUCCAGUUCGAACGGCUCACAACUUUUUUGAAACGUAUAGCUCCAGCCUUCGAACGGCUCCUAAUUGUUUUUGAUCGGAUAGCUCAAGCCGUUCGAACGGCAUCCCAUCCCGUUGGAACGGCUGAUGAACGGCUUACGAACGGCUAUCCGUUUCAAAACGGCAAACCGUAAGGAACGUUUUCGCGUGAGAGGUCACAUAUUUGUUACACGAGGCACCCUAGAAGGAGGAAGGUUAGAAUAAAAUGAUUACUUUUAUAUUGCACCCGGUUUACAUAAUUUGUAGAUAAUUGCUUAAAAAAUACCUAUUCUCUUUUCAUCCAUGUAAAGAGAUAUUACACAUUUCUUAAACUAAACUCUGAAUCAUGAAUUUAACUUUAUUUCAGUGAGUUUGAAACUUCAUUGUUCAUAAGAACACUUUACUGGAGUAUGUUACAUUUAUUUGCAGUCUUUCUGGUACAUGUGAUUACAUAACCCUUUAACUGUCAAGAUUUUAUUAGUAAUUCUCUUUACUGUCUGCCAUACAAUUUAUGUGAUGUUUGGUUAGAGAAUUUGGAAUUGGAUCAACCAAUUAUCUUCUAAUUUAUAUUUUUCUUUAUUGUCAUUACUCGCCUGCUUGAUAUUGUACUGAUUGUAUUGAUAGUGUAAGGAGAAAUUCUGUCAAGGUUAAUAGUGAGACUAAAACAGUUAAAAUGUGGGAUUUCAUUAUAUUGUAAUGAUAAUUUACAAUUUCCUUAUGCUUUCAAAUGUAACAAAAAAAAAUGUGAUGAGAAUCAGAUGUUAUGAAAUAAUGGAAAAACCUGUUGCUGGUAGCUUAUGUCUUACGUGUUUAAAUGUUCACGGGAAAUGCUCUUCUUUGAAAGUGAGGAUACAGAAGUUUUUGAAGUUGGUAGAAAUAAGCUGUUUGCAAGAAAUGAAAAGCAAACUGACAAUCAUACCUUAAUGCUUGACAUGCUUCACUCAGACAUGUCAGUUGUGUGUACCUACCAUAAUGAUUGUAGAGGUGUCUUUCAUGAAAAAAAUUUUUUGGUGUGGCUGUUGUUCUUUGUUGAUCUUGGUAGCCAAAAAAAGCUGGUAAAGGCAUUGAACUUCAUUUUUAUAUACAUGAGGCAUCCUCCAAGGUGGAAGAGUAGAAGACCAUAGACUGAUGUUUACCUGGCACUUACAUUUACCACAAUUAUAUGUUCAAGCAAUACUCUUCAUAUAUAAAACCAAUUACAUGAUGUCUUUCACCCAUUACACCCUAAUAUCAGCAUGCAUAUUCUCCAUGCUGUUCUCUAUACAUUUCCUGAUGUGCUGGGAAGGAGAAUUUGUUUAACAAUCAAGAAGUUCUUCAAAAGAUUAACAUUUCCUUUAUUCUCAUGACCUUAAUGCUUGAUUUCGGGAUGAUAUUGAAAGGAGAAAUUAGACACUAGUCACUCUCUGGAAUUAAAGUGUUAAUAACUGUAAACAUUUUAUGUGCUCCUUGCAUUUGUUGGCAACAAUGGUUAAGAUUAUUAGAAAAGCAAACAGAUGAACAGAAGACAAUGAAAUGAGGGAAACUGUAAACCUUACCCUAUGGUAGAAGAAAUGAUCACAGAAUACUUAAGAAAGGAAACUUGAAUUGUGCUAGCCAAUUUCCUCUAUUGCCCUUCAUGUUUUUGAUCAAAUAAAAUUUAAUAAGUUGUAGGUUUUGCUUACAAUGUGUUAAAUCACCAGUGUGGACUUGCUGGUAAAAGAUGGAUACUAAAAAUAGAUGACCAUAGGUAAAAGUACACAUCUUAAAAAAAAAAAUCUCACUAAAGUGGUGGCAUGAUUGAUUUGUGAUAUUUAGAAUGACAGAAGCAGGAAAAACACAUAGAGCUUUUUCCUAUUCACUAGUAAGUUUAUUAGAUUUCAGAUUCUACAUUCAAACUGUGUGAGAUUAAAUUUAUCUAUAUCAUGCUUCAUCAUAGUUUUUUUACAUGGAAAGGUUAUUGUUAUUGUAGCUUCACAGAUGUUUUCAUCGCUGUUGCAACUCACCAGUCUGUAACAUAACAAAGUUUCAUGUAACAUAGAAUGUCUCAAGAAUUUUCUAUCUUUCUCUCCAACACUAUUUAUUUUGGAGCACUAUUAACCCUUUACAACCUAACAUCAGUAUGUAUAUUCUCCAUACUGUUCUAAAUACAUUUCGUUAUGUGCUGGCAGGGAGAAUUUGUUUAACAAUCAAGAGGUUCUUUAGUUUAUUAUUAUUGCCUUUAUUCUCAUAAUCUUAAUGUUUGAUUCAGGGGGGGUAUUGAAAGGGGAAAUUAGAUGCUAGUCACUAUCAGGAAUUAAAGUGUUAAAGGAAGCAGGUUAUUAAAAAAAUUAUAACUUUGAUUCAAGCAAGUAUUUGAAUAUGUGAGUAACAUUUGAUGUUUUCACAUGUAACAGGAUGAUCAAGCUGAAGAUGGCGUCAAAAAGGAGUGAACUCGACUGUAACAAAUAGGUCACUACUUUUGAAACUUGUGCACAUGGUAAAUACACCUUGGCUUGCAAUUCUGAUGAUUACAGUUUGCUGAGGUAAUUGAAAUGUCAGUCCCCAAGCAGGAACCACCCACAUGACCUGUACAGUCAUAGGCUAUGAAAGAACUUUAGAAAAAUGCCUUUGCGUCAGUGGAACUGUUAAAAUGCAUAGGAUUUGAUGACUAUAAUGUAUAUCUCUUAGCUUUUAAACUUUCAACUUUGUUUUAAUUGUAAUUGUUUACCAUAUUUAUUUAUUUCUACCUCAAGCCCUCAAAAGUUGAAGCAGGUUAUCUGACUGUCUUUGUUUGGAAUGUAUGAUAAUAUAAUUUUGCUGUGUAAGUUGCCACAUUGUAACAUGUAAUAUGUUUAUUUGAAUUGCAUUAAAUACUCUUGCUCAAGCUUUCCUUAAUGCAUGGUGUUUCUUACCAAUACUCAUACCUAAGCUUAACAUUUAUAUAAGGAAUUGGUCACAAGAUAUGUGAGUUUUAAAGGGUGGGAAACUGGAAAAGCAAAGGUCCCCCUUUAGUUAGGACUGAAAUUAAAGUGGGCUCUGCUAUUAUAAUUCAUGUUUUUACUUUGACCUUCAUGAAAGUUAAAUUUAUUGGCAUCUGCGUAAUGCACAAAGCAAGAAUAUAGAUGACUUAGCUUAAUAGGUUAUAAAAUUGAAAUAGGAAAGUUGUGCAAACCAUAUCUUGCCUUUUAUCCUUCUCUGGAUAUUUACUCAAAUAACAUAGUCACUAUCAGUCUCUCACACUCUCACUUUCCACUGAGCUUGUGGAAAGAUGAUAACCUCAGUAUUUUUUUAAAUGAAUGAAGGAAAGCCUGCCCUCUUACCACAGAUAGUUGUUUUGUGCAUCAUCCAUACAUACGUAGUCUUAUUUGUACACGAAGUUGAUUGUUCUAAGUAGGCUAACCUAUCAAAUUAGUUGUGAAAAAUUUUUUGUUUGAAUUAAUUUUACCUGACAAACUUAAACUGUAUAAAUAGAAACUUGAAAUUUAUUUCUUCUCCUUUUGAGGUGUGCAUCAAAAUUUUGGAAGUCAUGGCAGGCUCGACCUACAGGUUUAUAAGAAAUCUACAUGUGUGUGUGUCUUCAACAUAAAAAACCAGUAAAAAGGUUGCUUAGCUUUUUUCAUUAAUACAUAUUUCUUUUUCUAAGAAUCUUGUUUAUUUGGCCUAUGCUGAGUUCUAAUUUUUCAAAAACAAUUUACAUUCUUUUGAAUAUUCUUAGAUCUCCUAGUAUCAGUUAAUAUUCAUGUAAUUAAAAUAAUUACAUCAAGUCUUGCAGAUGUUUGGUACAUUUUUCCAUUGAUCCUACUGACAUUUCAUCAUGUGUAGGGAUUGGUAUAGGCUAUAAAAGUGUAGUUAAAUUAAAUAUUUGUGCACAGCCUAUGCAUCAAAUAUUUUUAAUAAAAGAUUGUAUCCUUCUUAAAACUAGUUUAUCAGAAUAAGAAUGAGUCACCAGGCACAACUAUGGCUUUCAUGAUGAUAGUUUCCAAGUUUGAAAAAAGUCACUGCCUACUAAAAUCCUCUGUUCCUUUACCUUGACAGCCCAACCUCGUCAAAACAUUGGCAACAGGAAUGAUUAGCUAAUUAACAAUACAGACAAGAGAGCCUAUUCCCACAUACACGUUCCUCAAUCCUGUUUGCUUACUAUGGACACAACAUUUCAAACAUGAUGUAUGUUUCCCUGACUAAUUAUUUUGUAAUGGUGUUCACAAAUUGUGGAAAUUAGUUGGGUUGAAAUAUAAUACAACAACCUGCUAGUAGAUAGUCAAAUGAAUACUUUUUACAUAUCAAUAAAAUUUGUGUUUCAUGUUAACAUGUUGCAAUAACUCUACCUUCAGUAAAUUCAACUAUAUGCAAACAUGAGAAAAUGCCGUCAAAAAAUUUUCAACCCAUUUAAUAAAGCCAAUAACAACAUCAACUCAGUUUUAAAACUUAAGAUAAAACUUGAUUGAUGUUUGCAAUUGAUUACUGUGAUGUAAAAAUGAAAUCUAGGUAUUAUCUCAAGUUUUCCAUUAAUGUCUCCAUGAUCGAAUCCCAAGUCUCUCUUCGUCAUCGAGUUUUAAUCACGACAUUUUAGCUUUAACUUGUCUUCUUUUAAAGCAAACUUUUGCAGUGCAAGAAACAUGUUAGAAAAAAUUUCGUUCUUCAUCAUUAGCUAGAGUUGCUAAGAUCAUAGGAAGUUGGCUUAAAGAAACCUACAUUGCAAGUAGUUACAUCAGAGGUUACCGAAUCAAAUAACAGAAAGAAUCUCUAAAGAGACGCCGUGUGUUUCCCGCCAGAGGAUAAUCAUGAAACAAGUAGUCAAACCUGGAAACUUCAAGAGAAGAUAAAAGAGAAGCCCAUACGAUUCUGGCGUCUUGAUUUACUAAUUCACUGUUAUCACGUGUAUACUCUUCAAUCGACCGGUGAUGUCAAGACUCGAAGUAGUUUACCGUCGUUUCUUUCAGUUUUGGCUCAUUUUCCUGAACCAAAAUUAUCAGUCACGCUCAAAGGAAUAUAAUUUCAACUGAUGCUCACAUCGCACACUUCCUCGGACGAAGAAAAGAUUCUCUUUCUUCGAAAAUUUGCUCAUCACAUUAGGAAUAACAACGAGUUGUAAGAACGUCGUCCCCAGGUUCCAGACCUCGACAAUUCUUCCCUUCCCUCUCCACCCCCCGAACUAGUCUCUUGAUCCCCUUGAAGAAACUCUUCUACGGCCAGUGCUGAAGAGUUUUAUUACAGUUUUUUUUAUGAGAGGCUACAAAACAAACUAACAAGAGCUCCGCUUUUAGGCUUGGCUAAAUUCAUAUAUUACUACUACUAUUACUACUACUACUACUACUACUAGCACUGCUACUACUACUACUACUACUACUACUACUACUACUACUACUACUACUACUGCUACUGCUACUGCUACUGCUACUGCUACUGCUACUGCUACUGCUGCUACUGCUACUGCUACUGCUACUGCUACUGCUACUGCUACUGCUACUGCUACUGCUACUGCUACUGCUACUGCUGCUGCUGCUGCUGCUGCUACUGCUACUGCUACUACUACUUCUACUACUUCUACUACUGCUACUUCAAUUACUUCUACUACUGCUACCUCUGCGACUUUUUUUUUCCUUACUGCUACUACUGCUCCUACUACAACAACUACUACUACUAUUAGUAAACCUUCCUCUUUAACUUUUGUUAGAUGAUCGUCCGUGCGAGACAUCAGUGGAGUCGUGCGGAUGGAACAUUGCGCGGGGUUGGAAAAGAAUGAAAUACAGAGAUCUUGACAAUAUAGGUAGUGACGCCGAUGAUGAAGGUUGGUUGUUUUGGCACAUUGUGUCAUUCAUUGUUUUUUUUUUGCCCCGACCUCUCUCACCUUUUUUUGUCCCUUUCGGUCUGUUUUACCGACUUAACCCCUGGAACAAGCUUAAUAGCCUCUUACAGAGAUUGACGACUGAAGGAAGGUGCAUUUUUAAUGUUAUAUUUCUGCUUUAGGGAUUAUCAGCGAUCAAAACUACGAGAUCCACCUCCCCGACAGUAGCCGUGGCUAUGUCUCAUUCUCAGACAUUCGACAGGCGAAAGGGGGAUCCACCAUCUGCUUUUGGUUAAAGACGUCAAAUGUUGGUUUCUUUAUCGAAUAUAGAACUGAGGCAUCGGGAGAUCAAAAUGAAACGCUAAUAUUUGGGCUCUAUUGUGGUAACAACACCUUUGAUAUUCUAUUGGGAAGCUAUAGAAGGUAUCGAAAAGUUUUUUUUUCUGCUAUAUUUUCUGCUUUAUUUUUGAAAAUGUGUUAUUAAGUCAUGACUUGAACCUGGGUUACGCAAAAAAUACUACUUAAUCUUAAGAUGAAAAUAUGAAAUAGCCAGAGCUGAAGCUUUUUCUGGGAUCCAUAUAUAUGACUCCCACCAUUCGGGCGUGUGUGGAUGGGUUACUGGGCGUUUUCCAAGAUCACAGCAUUCACGGUUAGCUUACCAGAGUAUUUGCAGAGAAAUUUCGAACAGUCAUGUUACCCUUCGAAAUUUCAAACAGGGGAACUUAUGAUUUUUAAUUCAACGAUGGUAGAGAUAUGAAUCAUUUUGGAAAAGAAAAAAGGUAACUUUUGAGCUCGAUUGUGAAGAAGAGACAGAUAGAGUUUGCCUUGUUAUGAACGUUUCCUUCCAUUCUUGGUUCAAAGCUUGUGAAAAGAUCUAUAACGUCUUUCUGUAUACAUUGUUUUUUUUUCUUAAAAGAUAUUUCUGCUUCAAUUAGAACUCUUUUUUUCAUUACUUUUCAUACACAGUCAAUAUUUAAUGGGCGUGACAGAUGGUUCUUGGCACUACGUGUGUGUGCUAUUGGAUGGCAACAUCGGACUACUAGCUGUAUUCAAAGAUGGUCACAGGAAUUUUAAGGAAGCUCAUAGGAGAAGACCCAAUUUUGAAUUUUGGACGGCUGGUAAUAACAGGAAAAGAAAUUAUUCUCACAGAUGGACAACAACCAAAAAACAAAAACCAAAGAAAAAGCGAAAAAAAAUUAAAUAUUUCAAGUUGAUUGGGAAGGCGUUAGAUAUAAAGCAUAUUCUGAUGCAUAUUACACGUUCUUGAGCAGAAGCCAAGUGGCAACAGCCUGGAAGGUGGAGUGUGUUGGACUGUAUCUGUUUGAUUACAUUCUUUUGGGAUAAUAGGAAAUAUAAUAGGACGAGACCCUAUUCGAUUUAGGCGUUUGGUAGCGAUGUAUUUCAAGUAUGUCACUUUGUUAAUUGAAAAAAUGUAGAUAUUUUAUCAAAAACCUGUAACGGAAGGUAGCCAGCAAUAAUUAUGUAAUUAUGGCAGAGAAAAAAUGUUAAAUUAUUUUGAGCUACCAUAUAAAAUAUAUUCAAAGCAAUUUGUGUUUCGAAUACCUACAGGAACCAUGACAGUUGGCUUCAGGAAAACGAACGACAGUGACUCAGCUGUUCUUGGCAAACUGAGUGGCCUCAAUAUAUGGAGCUACCCUGUCCCAAUAAAAGAGAUUCUGCGCAUGUCAUAUGGCUGUGGAACUGAAGCAGGAGACUCCAAAUCCUGGGAAACAGUCAGGGAUAAGAUAACUGGAGAAGUUGAGGUUAAAGACUCCAGAACAUGCAAGGACAGAAAAGGCAAGUGUUCUGUUAUGAGCAGAAAUUAUCUGUAAAGCUUAAUUCUACCUUGUAAUUAAUAGGAUGCUGUUAAUGCUGUUAAAUAAGUAAGGUAUGUCUUUUCGUUAUGAAAAUGGUAUGGUUUCGUAGAAAAGGUUGUGGUUAUUCAUCGUAAUAAAAAAUAACAAUAAAAGCUAAGUUUUUUCGUUUGUCUCGCGAUGAACUCACGUGUGAAGUAGAUCGCGACGUUUCGACUGCAUACUGCCAGUCUUCUUCAGGCAAUGAGGUCGACUGGUCAUGCGUGAUCUUAUAAAGCAUGAUGCUCUACUGUGAUUAGUUGUUUUUUCAACAGCUCUGAUUGGUGCAUUUCGAUCCUUGCUGUUCACUCAGUGAUUUGCUCCCUCGGCGGUGAACAUCGUGAGACAAACGAAAAUACUUAGCUUUUAUUGAAAAUGGUAUGCUUUCAAACUUGUUUGUUUUCUCGUGGAAGCAGAAGAGAGAUUCUAAGAAAAGUAAAGACAGAAGUUUUAAAAGUAGACACGUGUUGAGUCACAUAACAAACUUUAAUUUUGAUAAUGCUGACAGUACGCCCCAGGCUUCCUUUUUCCAUAUUUGGGUGGGCAAAUAGUAUCAACAUAUAGUAUCGUGUCACAUAGUAUCGUGCAUAAAUGUCGAAAUACGGCGGGACAAUUUUUACAGAGUUUGCGUACAUCCAAGGCUAAGAAAAUUGAAGAAUGUGGCUACCUCUACUAAGCGACUUUCGUUUAGAGGUUUUCAUUAUUUUGGCAAUCGUUCGGCGAGAUCAUAGCUCUUGGUCUGUGAUCAAACUUAUGGUUACUGAUGAAUGAAUGUUAUAAAGUUCUUUUUGCUAAUAGAACUGAACUCAAUAUGUUCUCAGUUGGCAGACUUGUGGCAGAUGGCAUUACGGCCCACGUCAAUCAAAGUGCUCUUUUUAUGAGUCCUCUUUACGAUGCGUCGCUUGAUGGCAAGAGUCGAUGUCUACGGUUUCGUUACAUGCUGCAAGGACCUGGGGAGAAAGCAUUGACAGUUUACCGGAAGGCAAAAACUUCUCGUGAAAUACCUAUUUGGAUCUCAAAAGGCGUCACCCGGGGGGACUGGGUUUAUGGUCAGGUUCAGCUCAGCUCCAUGUCAGACUUUCAGGUAUAGAAUUGUGCUUCUUCACCUUUUCUUCGAUUUGCUCAAACGAAGCUGACCUACUUAUUCUUUGCUUUCAUCGAUUGGACAAAACCGUCAGCUUUUCGAUGUUAGUACAAUAAGUUACAUGAAAACAAGCCGUCCAUAAAACUGUGCGGACAUAUCGUUUACAUUUGGUGGAGACUUUUUCUGAGUUGCCACGCGAACCUUAAUUUAUCAUACUUAUCCCAUCCCCGCACCACCAACAUCGCAAGCGCACUAAUAAAGCCUUCAGGCACUAGAAACUGCGAUGAGAUUAGUAAUUAAUUGUAGAAAUUGUUUCAUUACCGAGAAAGGUGCUUAUAAAAGCGGAAAUGGAGAGGAGAGAAGACUUAAUAGCGUUGACAGGGCUGUACAUCGACGAGGGAAUAAAUUGCACAGUGAAGCCACUGUCGGCGAAAAAAGGUGGAGUAUAACAAUGUGAUGAGAUAGAAGGGGGAAGAAUUUUUUUGAAAUGAAAUUACGUAAGGGCGUCAUUGCCACUAAACUUUGAGAUACUUGUGUUUUCGAAGCAAUUGAAAUUGUUAUCGCGCAACUCUAGGACGAUGCUGCCGCUGUCAUUAGCGCUCAUGAGGCACUGUACAUGUACUUCGUGUCUAAUGAUAGUGACACCGGUCAGGUUGUAAAGGCAGACACUUCUUAAAAUUUUUGCCUUCAUCUGUAGUUUCUCUUUCAGCUUGCAGCGAGAACUUAACCAACGAAAUAGGAUAUUUCUUCUCUCCUUCAUAUCCCGGAAAUCUUCCGGAUGAUACUGUUUGCAAAUGGCACAUCACCGUCCAGAAAAACCACAUCAUUCGUUUGGAAUUUCAAGAGUUUUUACUCGCGAACCACCCCAGAUGCGAGACGUGUUUCCUUCAAAUCUUUGAUGGACGUGAUUUAUCUGCGACCGCGAUAGGAAAAUUUUGCGGCUAUAUGCAUCCUCCGGUUGUCAUUUCCUCAUCAAAUCAUUUCACAAUUGUUCUCCGCUGUAUUGAGGGCUUGCGAAUGACAAGAUUCAAGGCCUUUUAUCAUUCUAUUAGAAGUAUGUUACAUCUCAAUAAUUUUAAAUUUUGAAAAUAUAUCGACCUGUUUUAUAUGCAAAAGCCUCCGUGAAAUUGAAUUAAAAGUUCUAGAAUUAAAAGAUAAAAAUCCAAUGGAUGACCAAAUCAAUGCAACUUGAGGUUGAAGUAGGCUUAAUUGGUCUACGGGUCACUUUCCUAAACAUGAGGUGGAGAUGUUUUUCGGUGAAAUAUGAAACUUUGUCUAUUAGCUCGCGGCAGAGAGUUUGAUGAGGAGCAGUAUUCAAUCAUUCCUCCAAACAAAGGUAAAAUGCCAACUGAAAUGCGUAGUGGAGUACCUUUGACGAUGUUUGAUUUUUCUCCCACUUCUCUGCAUUAGAAUUAAUGGUGCUAAAUUGAGGAAACCGUAUGUCAAAAUCUGUGCUUGUUUGUGAUAGAUUUCGGAGUUUGAGAUUCCACCUGGGGGAAAAAAGUUUUGAACCGCAAAAGGAAGGAUAAUAUGAAUGACUACGACAAAGCCAUUAGGGCUAAUCGUAAUUAAUGCCUUAAUUGUAAAUUAGUGGCUAUAUCUAAGUUUUCCAUUUUUCAGCUCAAGACUGGGAAGGAUCGUCUUGCUCACUUCAUCGAGGUAAUGGAUAAACUGACUGUUUGAAAUAAUUUUUUCCAGUUUUAAUGCAAAUGAUGAAAGGGUGGAAAAAUAAUGGUAGAUACUAACUGAAUGUCGAAAAUCGUUUUUAGAGUGUCCAUCAAGCUGCGAGUGUAAGGAGUUUGGUGAAGUAUACGACAAGAGGAUUCUGGUUAUUGGAGAAAAGUUGCUGGCUAUACCGAGUAAUCUUCCCUCAAAUACUGGAGCAGUGUAUGUUUAACCAUUUCCCUGCUUAUCAUCAUUAUCACUACUCAUUAUGCUUACAAUCACCAAGUCUUUCUGCCUACAUACACUGAACAAAAUAAAGCGAUUUGGCAUGAUGUUUACGGCAACCGUCAAACGGCAAAAAGGAAUAUUGAACUCAUUAGCGCCUUUUUCCAGCCGUUUGCAUUUUCACCGUACGAAAUAACGUGUCACUAAUAAUAUCAUAUUUACCAGGGUUUUUCGUCAAAAUCGGAUCUCGCAACUUCACGAGAAGGAGUUUUCAGACCUUACAAUACUCGAGUAUAUGUGAGUUGAACGCCUUAUUCUCUGUUUUUAUUAGUGGUAGUGUUAGGUUUUGCUUGACAUGCGAAAACUUUAAAGAUGUCAAAUAAAUGUAUGUAUAUUUAACCAACUCUCUGAUUCCUCACGCUAUCCUUGGGUAAGCUAAGACAAAAAUAAUGUAUUUUACAGUACACAAUACGUGUCCAUGAAAUUUAUUCUGCAAGUAUGGAGAGCACAAUUAGAAUAGGACUCUCCAGGUUUCUGGCUGCAUUCGAUAUCUUGAAAGAUCAUCGAUAACGAGUUGAAUGAUACUCCUCGAAAAACUAUACAUUUUAGAGAUAUCAAGUUAAUAAGUCAAGUGUUCUCUUUGAAACAGUGACCUUAGCUUCAAUAAUCUGCUCCACUUAGAUGAAGAAUGUUUUCACAACCUAUCUUCUGUUACUACACUGUGAGUAUUGGAUGGCGAUUAUAGAUUAAUAAAUAUCAAUUAGAUCAUUCCAGAGAACCUCAACAGUAUAUUUGCUGGCGAACUUGUCAUCUUUCUCACCUCAAAUGUUAUCAGGGCCGAUAGGGACAUUCCUCCCCAUUGCUUCAUUCGAACCAUCAUCCUGAAGGCAUCUCAAACGACCAGAUCAGGCUGGUGUGGUUGCUUGUGUGACUAGGAGAAAUGGAUAGCCAGGGUAACGUAGUAAGCGUUUGGGAGAGGGCUGACGACGACAUCUUCUCAAUGCAUCCGUCUCGCAUUAUUGCUUAGAUUUGUUGAAAGGAACUGUUAGAAUCGUACUCAAAGGCUUUCUUGUGUUCUCUGCAGGAGACUGAAUUCUAACUUUCUUCGAAUUCUUCCUAUCGGAGCACUCAGCGAGCUCCCUAAUCUAAAAGUCCUGUGAGUAUCUCCAAAUAUAAUCUCAUUCUUUCACAUUGCAUAACAUCAUGAAACGACGAUCGACAAGAUCUUCAUGGACUGAACUCAAGAAAAUGUCUAUUUUAUUUCAGUGACUUAGGAAGCAACCUUCUUAGCAGUAUCAGAAGUGGGGUGUUUGAUGCAUUGUCAAAUUUGAAUAUUUUGUAAGUACUCCUUUUCAGUAACAUUUGAAAGCUGACAAAGAUUGAAAACUUUCAAAGCAUUAUUUCGCCUUUGUUUUUAGGGGUUUACGCGCAAACCAACUGACGAAUUUGCAGCAUGGCGUUUUUGGCAACAAAAGCAACAUGACUCAUUUGUAAGUAAAAGGAUCUCUUUUGGUCUAAGUCAAUCGCCAAAGUCAUACCAUUGCUAUUCAAAACAAACCGAAGGGUUAGGGUGAGGAGUUAAGUUACGCAGUGAAGACAUAUGUCUAACCUAAUGCUUUAUAAGACAUAUUCGAAAUGUAAUAAUGGAUUUCUAAUUUUUAUAAGGUACCUUCAGGAAAACAAGCUGACAGCAUUGCCAAAUGGCUUGUUCAAAGAUCUCUCCAAGUUGGAAGUCUUGUGAGUGCUGAGAUGGGCAAAUUAAUGUCUUCUCAAAUUACUUAAUCUGCUUUAAAGGGAAAAUUUGAUAACUUCUUGUUCAAAACAUGAUAGUUUUCUUAAUUGAAUUUUGAUUGUGCUCAUUGUUUAAAGUAGGCUGAAAAGUGACAUUGAGAUACACGUGAAGAGGGUGUAAAUUCGCCUAUAAAUCGUGUUGAGAUUUUGUUUAACGUCUCUCAUUCGACAGAAAUCUAAGCAGCAACGAGCUGAAAACAGUGACAAAGGAAACGUUUCAAGGUCUCAGUGCACUGAAAUAUUUGUAAGUAGUUGGAAUUUUCAGCCUUGAGGGAGUCUCUCUGUGGUGAUUUGUCUACGCUGAAGUACGGUGUAGGUGUAAUGUCCGUAAAAUAAAUGAGGUCAGUGGUAAAAGAAAAAUAAGUUACAAUGCUCAAUCAGUCUGAGAUUGAACCAAAGGACGUAUUAGCUACCAAACGCUUUUACUUUACUUUACCCUUGUUCGUCAGCUUAAGUGUGGACAAUUCGUUUUCCAAAUAGCUUAAGACCAUUCUUUGUGCAGUGAUUAAGUAUUACUCUUCUCUAUUUCAUCAAGCCUGUGUGCAGAUAUUCAACUUCAAAUAAAAACUUUUGAACAGGUCAAUCAAGUGUUCUUCUUGCUUGAUAAAAACAGGUACUUGGACAACAAUAGAUUAGCUAACGUACCUACAGAUGCAUUCAACGAGCUGACUAGCCUCAAGUAUCUGUGAGUAUUUUACAAUUGAUAUAUUAAUAGCUACGUUUUUUUGUCUAUCUAAAUUGGAUACUUCAUAAUGAUGUAACCUGUCAGUCGACAAAAUAUGUGUAUAUAGAUUAUUCCACGUAUCAUUUCUUAUUUGAUUGAUGGCAUUGUAGUGCAGAUGUAAAGUGUUUUCGUCUUGAAAAAAUUCCAACAGGAAACUAGAUCGUUUCAUCCUUUGUUGUUACGCUGAGAAAUCCGUGGAAGGAAUUACUUGUGAUUCUCCUACUGAUGAGUUCUCCAGCUGUGACGACCUGAUGAAGAACAAAACGCUUCAGAUUUGCAUUUGGAUUCUUGGGAUCCUCGCCUUCCUCGGCAACCUUCUUGUCAUAAUAUGGCGAAUAAUUGAUAAAGAAGAGAACAGGGUUCAUUCAUUCUUGCUAACAAAUCUUGCUGUAGCCGACAUGUUUAUGGGUGUCUAUCUUUUGACAAUUGCAAUUGUGGACGCGAGAUGGCAGGAUGAAUAUUUUAAGCAUGACACAAAAUGGAGGGCUGGUAUAGGCUGUCAAGUUAUUGGAGUCCUAUCCAUGCUCUCAAGCGAGGUAUCAGUGCUGAUUUUAACAGUCAUCACCAUCGACAGAUUUAUUUGCAUCAUCUUCCCUUUCAAGUUCAAGCGUCUUACCUACAAGUCUGCCGUAUUCACCUGCGCAGCCGUGUGGAUACUUGGUGUAGUCAUCUCCGUGAUACCAAUCACCGGAAUAGACUAUUUUUACGAUAAAAGUGGUGAUUUCGGUUUUUACAGUCGCUCAGCUGUUUGCCUUCCUCUUCAGUUAUCCGAAGGAACCCCUGCCGGCUGGGAAUAUUCCGCCUCUUUUUUCAUCGGUUUAAACUUCGUUUCGUUCACGUUUAUCUUGGUGGCGUACAUCUUAAUGUUUUGGACGGUCAAGCGCUCUGCCCGCGCUGUUCGAUCAACGAGUUUGAACAAAGAAUCUGCAAUGGCUAAGAGACUUAUUUUCAUUGUGAUGACCGACUUCUGCUGCUGGAUGCCUAUAAUAAUUAUCAGCAUUUUGUCCCUGACAGGAAAUUUCUACGAUCCGGACAAAAUUGCCUUCGUGUGGAUCGCAGUGUUUGUUCUUCCGCUCAACUCUUCCCUUAAUCCAAUCCUGUAUACAUUUUCGACAGAGAGAACGAAACAAAGCUUAGCCAGAAAGAGGAAAAAUAUUACCGGCAUGGUUAUGAAGUCUUUGAAUAGUCGCGCUGGAGGUGGGUCCAAAAAUGACAAGAUUCACUUUUUUAUAUUCAAUUGUUGUUACAUUUUCCAUGGACUUAGUAGGCGAUGAUUUCUUUGAAAAAAUGCACUUUUCUUUUUGCAUCUUCAUGUUUCCAAAGGUACAACUUUCAGUAGAAUAUUCACUUUGAAAGUUACAACAAGUUGCAUAUGUAAAAAGACCUCUCAGAAAGCUGAGAGCCCAGUAUGAAGUUGUCAUGGUUCCUUAUCUGAACCUUUUGUCCAAGUUGGCUACGAACUCCGUUAACGUGUUAUCUUUUCCUUUCUAUUUCUAGAUCAAUCUAUGGACUGCCUGAGAACAAAUGCUGAAAACACUUUAGUCUCCAUUGCUGAAUCCAGUCCCCGGCCGAUUAAAAAAAUUGUGGAAAAACAGGAACAGCAAAGGAAACUAGUGAAGACUAGGUUAAAGCUGAUCGAGGUAGUGGAUAUCUUUCAAGAAGAUACCAUAGGAAAGCGUUCAACGGUAAGAACCUUUUAAAGAUAUAUCACUGAACUUUUCAAUAGAUACCUACUGAAGUAAGUUAAAGGUAGGUUUCAAACAUACAAUUAGCCUUGUCAUUAUAAACCAACCAUGAAUAUAUCGAUCGAUAUUUCCGUAAGUGCUCCUAUGGAUGGUCCUGUUAUGCAAACGCAAAACGAUACUGCAAACGAAACGAUGAAAUUGUGUCCCCUUGCUGUCUCCUUGCUAUGUAGGGUUACGUCACAGCUUGGUGCGAGGAAGAAGGAGUACUUGGUAUGGUAUUACUGAAGUACUUCGGAAAGGAAAUGAAGGAAGACUGGACUCGAGAGAUCGAUAUAGUUGAAGGUCUUUCUAGUAGUGAAGACCCGCAAGACAAUCUUCUUCAUUAUCGCUGGCACUCUAAAGGUAAGUGACCAUCUUUACUAAAAAUACAUCUGAAAUUUCUGCCCAUGUGUAAGAAAAUACACUCAUUUCAGAGACUUAGCAAAAAACGCGAAAAACCAAAAUCCACAGAAAAACAGGAGCAGCUCUGAUUAACAAAUAGAUUCCAAGUUGCCGUGCGUCUGUUCAGUAAUAGAUCACAGAUGACGUCAAAAUGUGGCCAGAACAAAAAAGUGACACACGAGGCGCAUCCGAGUGUGUCACGAUGGUCUUACCACAUUUUGACGUCCUCUGUGAUCUAUUACACAACAGACACACGGCAACUUGAAAUCUAUUUUUUUUAUACAAUAAAGAAUUAAAAAAGUUUUGAUGAUGACGUCAUCAAUACGUCUGUCCUCCAAUAGAUCAUGAGUGAGAACCAAUCGGAAUCUGUGCACAAUUGAGCUUACCACAUAAAAAACAAUAGAUUCUUUCUUGAAACAAGAGUGCAAUUCCUUUCAUGAAUGGAGUAAGCUUGACGAGGUUUUGAAUUGAAAUAAUCGAAAUGGAUCCAAUCAUUUUCAAUACAGUGGCUAAAUCACGUGUCUUAAUAGGUAGAUACGCUCGAAAGGCGUGCUGAUAUAUUCUAAGUAGGGAGUAGUCAGGUGCCAAUAAUGGUUUUUUUUAGUGUUCAAUCUUCCCGCGCUCUACAGGCUUCUCCUGGAAAAAGCUGAUCGCACGUGGUUAAUUUUGGGCUGAUUUUGAAGUUGGAACUAGCAGGUUGACAUAUUUAAGGCUUCUGGUGCUUUUUUAUUUACUCCAAAAUGCGGAGAAACUAUAUCGUAAAAGAGGCAGGGGGUUAUUAUAGUAGAAGUAAAUACCUAGUUUUGUUUCGGGUAACAGUGGGCUGCUAAAUUUCUAGGUCAUUUAGUUAUUAUACUGCUGCGGCUGUUGAUUUUUAGCGUCUGAACAGAGUAUUGAACAUGGCAAGAAGAAGAUUCAUGGCAUACAAGGAAGUAGUUGGUAAGUUAUCAUUGGCCGAACUCUGUAACGGUCAUUUAAACUGUAGUUGCCUCGAUAAACUGAACUAAGACCAUGGACAUAGCCGACGGAAACUUUGAAUUAUUUCAAUUAAGUUAAAUUUUCAUUUUUUUAAAUUCAAAGUGCACUGUUUUCAGUAUGACAUUUCCUGACUGUACGUAAGGAACCUUACUGACAUUGUAAGUGCUGAUUUAUCACAUAAUUUUUACUGUACGUUCUCCUCUUAAUUAGCCCUUCAUUUCCUUCUGAAUUUUGUUAAGGCUCAUUUGUUACGAUUUUGAGUCGAGCUCCACUUUGGAAGAUUUCCUUUCGGAGAAAGGAAUUGUUAUCAACUUCGACGCGGUAUGCGCUGUAGUUUGUGACGUCAUCACCGCUAUAGAACAUCUUUUGGAUCAUGGAAUAUCUCAUAACAACAUCACAACCGGCAACAUUUUGAUCAGGCAUUGUCCAAGAGUAAGUUGAUAACUGAUGUUUUAGAGCCUGAAAACUUUCGCAGUCCAUUGAUAGCCGUCAAAUUAUCUUAGUCUCGCCUGAAGUCUCUUACGAUAGAUGUGUUGUGGUGCCAAUUCCAGUCUAAUGAGCAAUAACACAAGAAAUGUAGAAGAAAGUAAAAAUCGUGUCUCUUAAUGCGCGAGACCAUUUGCAAUGGGUUUCACUUGAGAAAGUUUUAAAAUCGUUUCUGUACACCUCAUCCACGCAUGUCGGGCCUCAUUUGAUAUUUAUCUAAAAUUAGUGUUCUUGGACUAGCUAGCUAGUGUAACGAAAUAACAAUUUCACCCAAGAGCGUGAACAAGUUGGCUUUUUAGCGGGCAAAUAAAAGAUUGACGAUAAUCCCGCCAUCAUGAACGAGGUCUACGAAGCGAAUUUGACAAGAUCGAUACGUUUUACAGGUACCUCCGAUCAAAGCCGUUCUUGGUGGAUUUUCUCAAGCGUCUAAAGCAGAUGAUGCAGGUGCGUUUACAAACUCGGCGGCCGACAAACAGAGUUGCCAUAGCCACGACAUAAAGCAGUUCGGACAUUUACUAGCAACCUUACUAGGACACUGCCAUGGCUCCAGUGAAUACGUUAAGGUAAUUACUAUGAAGUCAAUGUCAGUAGGUACUUAUGACGACCUAGAAAAAGCUUGGUUGAUUUGCAAUUACUGAUCCCAGGUUAAAGAAAAACUGUCAAGAUUAAGAACCACAUGUAGAUUGUUUACCAUCUUUUAAUUGGUUGCCGUAGCUUUAGUGGACACAAAAGAAAGCUGACAUCUAUUUUUCAUAUAUUCAGUAAUAGUUAAUUAACUACGGUGCAGCAAGAUUACGAAACAAAAUGACCUUGACAAGUGUUCAAGACCACACCGGUGUAUUUCGUUGAAUUAUCUUGCUAGGGCGUUGUUAUCGUAAGUUUGGGCAUCAGUCUCAUGGUAAAAUUGUAACUCUUCUCUUGAUCUCUAAAAAAUUGUCACUGCUUUACAUAAAGCUGUAAGGAAGGAUACAGUUAUCUUAUGCAAUGCACAAAAAGCUGCCUGAUUAAAAACACAACUUCCUUUCUUUUGUUUUGUUCAUGUUCUGUAGUUGCAUGAGAUUAUGAACCUGUGUUUCGAGGAUACAGAGGAGAAGAGGCCUACAGCGCGUUACAUCCGCGAAGUAUUGGAAGAAACCUGGUGCGCUGAGGGGGUUUGGGAUACAUACCUAUGAGGAAACUAAAGAAAAAAAAAUCGAAAUUAGCUUUCCAAUCGCAUUUGGUACCGAAUUUGAAAUGGUUGUAUUAGUGACACCAUCGAUUUCUCUGAGUAUUCGGUCAGUUUUUUUUCUCAUUUUUAACUUGCCUUUACUGAAACAAGAAACGCUUUUCGGCGAUUUGCCUAACAUCGAAAAAAUUUGUUGCAUUGCUGCUUUAUAUUAUGUGCAGGGUGCUGCGUGGGUUAUUAUGAUGGCAAACGGAUAGAAAGUCAGCAGUUCAUUUCAAAAUAAUUUAUACAAUAGCUGCUCAGUGUAUGUGAAGUUCGUAAGUAUUAAUUUAGGGGCGAAACACCCGAGGCUUCCGAAGAGGAUUGUCGGUCCCCGUUCUGUUUCAGCUUCAUUAGUUUCGAUUAAUUAAUUAGUUGACGAAAAUAGACUAU